AUCCCUAUCAAUCCCCUACACCCAGCCCCAGCACCCCAUCCCCAUCUCGCCUCCGGCGGGACCCCCUCGAGCCUCCGCGCUCGUUCCCGGCUCCCAGGACACAGCUCGCCCAUUGGCCGGCGCGGCGCCGCGCGGGAAAGGUGCCAACGGCUGCAGCUGGCCCGCGGGGUGCGGAGAUGGCGUCGGGGGCCCGGGCUGCGGGGCCCGAGGACCGAACCGGGAGCCCCGGCAGGCGAGGCGAGAAGGCCGUCUCCGCGCCGGGCGGAGACGGGGCGGCGGCGGGGAUGCUGAAGAGCAGGGCGUCCCCGGCGCGGUCGGUGGUGGCCUCCCCUCGACCGGUGAAGGCGAAGGCGGGCCGGGAGGCGGCCCGGCGGCGGCUGCAGCUCCUGCCGGUGACCCAGGCCCAGGGCCCCGGCGAGGGGGCGGCGGGGGAGGAAGGGGAGCCCCUUCCCUCUGUGCCCGAGGAGGCGCAGGCGGAGGCGCGGCCACUGCCCCCCAUCUGCGUGUCCCCCAUGAGGGGCAUGUGGCGGGACGAAAAGGUGGCGCUGUAUUGCGACCAGGUGCUGCAGGAUUGUAAGGCAGAAGAUGCUGAUGAGGCCAUGAGUAAAUACCUCUCAGAGAAAUUAAAGUUGAAAGACAGAUGGCUUGGGGUCUGGAAGACAAAUCCUGAGUUAUUCUUUGUGACGUAUGAAGAAGCGUCCAUCCCUUUUGUUGGUAUACUGGUUGAGGUAACUUGUACACCACACCAAACCUCAACAUCUUGUUUCAAAGUGACUGUUUCUGUUGCUGAGCCUUUUUCUUCUAAUAUUGCGAAUAUUCCAAGGGGUCUGGUUGAUGAGAUUUUAGAGGAGCUAGAGCACUGUGUGCCUCUCUUGGAAGUGCACCCUGUUGAAGGACAAGAUUCUGAAAUACGUGACAUUGCUUUGGCCUUGGAAGUUGUCAGGUUUUUUUAUGACUUUCUCUGGAGAGACUGGGAUGAUGAAGAAAGUUCUGAGAAUUAUACUGCUUUGAUUGAAGAAAGAAUUAAUUUGUGGUGCGAUAUACAGGACGGAACAAUACCUGGCCCUAUAGCACAGCGUUUCAAAAAAACCUUGGAGAAAUAUAAAAACAAGCGUGUCGAGCUCAUUGAGUAUCAGAGCAACAUUAAAGAAGACCCCUCUGCAGCGGAGGCCGUUGAGUGCUGGAAAAAAUACUAUGAGAUAGUGAUGCUCUGUGGACUACUGAAAAUGUGGGAAGAUUUACGCCUCCGAGUCCAUGGACCAUUUUUCCCGAGAAUUCUGAGGCGUCGGAAAGGAAGAAGAGAUUUUGGAAAGACUAUAACGCACAUUGUGGCGAAAGUGAUGACGACGAACAUGGUAAAGGACUUAUCCUCAGACACGUUUCUCCAGCAGCACGACGACUUGGAUUUGGCUCUGGAUAGCUGCUACAGUGGAGACACUGUGGUUAUUUUUCCAGGAGAAUAUCAAGCUGUAAAUCUUGCUUUGUUGACGGAUGACAUCAUCAUAAAGGGAGUUGGGAAGAGAGAGGAGAUUAGAAUUACUUCUGAGCCUUCUCAUGACAGUUUUGUGGUGUCCAAAGCUGAUAAUGUGAAACUAAUGCAUCUGUCUUUGAUACAACAAGGGACAGUUGAUGGUAUUGUGGUGGUGGAGUCUGGUCACAUGACUCUAGAGAACUGUGUGUUAAAAUGUGAAGGAACAGGAGUGUGUGUUCUGACAGGGGCUGCUUUGACACUCACAGACAGUGAAAUAACUGGUGCCCAGGGUGCUGGUGUUGAACUGUAUCCUGGGAGUAUGGCCGUUCUGGAAAGGAAUGAAAUUCACCACUGUAACACCCUCGGAACCAGUGACGGUUCAAAAAGCACCUUAGGUGGAGUUAGUAUGAAGGUCCUUCCUGCGCCCAAACUGAAGAUGACCAAUAACCACAUUCACAGCAACAGCGGCUACGGCGUGAGCAUCAAUCAGCCCGCGGAACAGUUCUUCGUCGUGGAAGAAGCCCUCAACAAAGGCGCUGCCUCCGGAGACAAAAAAGAUGAGACAGUGCUGUCCAGGGUCAUGCACAGCCUGAACCUGGAGAUGAGCGACAACAAGAUAGAGGCCAACUCGAAGGGGGACAUCCGAGUAGUCACGGGUUAGAGCGCCGGGCUUGCGUCAGAGGCUCACACUUCAGGGGGACGG